GAUAUUUCUAUUAAAUUAUAGGAACAACAAUGACACAAGAACUUAUCUGGCUAUUGGCCAACGAUUUGGACUUCGACGUAGCAAGAAAGCGUCUGCUUACAGAGAGGUUUCCCUUUCUCGAGUUUAGCUUGUUUAAUCAUCCUGAAGUGACUUGUGAAUUUUUAAAUAUGAAUAAACAUGAUAAGGUGAAACAGCAAUUCUGCCGGGAGAUAGCUAAACCUGGUUACGAGGUUAUCGCUGAAAUGCAAUCGCCCCGAUUUAUUAAAAGCCAUUUCCCAUUCAGCAUGCUUCCUGGAAUUUUGGAAGUUGGUUGUAAGGUUGUCUAUGUUGCUCGUAAUCCGAAAGAUGUAGUUACGUCAUGGUAUCAUCUCAAUACUGAUAUAAAGACACAAGGAUACGUCGGUGAUUUUGCCACCUUUUUGGACUAUUUUAUAAAUAAUUUGACACCCUGGUCACCUUAUUGGGAACAUUUAAAAGAGGCUUGGGCCUUAAGAAAUUCCAAAAAUCUUCUAUUUUUAUUUUAUGAGGAAAUAACAUACGAUCUCCCGAAAGCAAUUAAGAAGAUAGCAAAAUUCUUGGGUAAAACAUAUAGUGAUGAAGAAGUGAACAAAGUGGCUGAAUAUUUAAAUAUUAAAAAUUUUCGGAACAACCCGAUGGUCAACUAUUCUGAGAUGAGAGCUUGCGGGAUUAUGGAGAGGGAAAGUUUCGUUAGAGGAAAGAACGGCGAUUGCAAUAUCUUUACUCCAGAAUUAGAUGCCAAAAUUCAAAAAUGGAUCGAAGAAAAUCUUAAAGAUACCGAUCUGCGUUUCCCAGUUUUUAACAAUAAUAUAAACAAUUAAAGAGUUGUACAACGUCAAAAAGAAUUUAAUUUUCAGAAACUCUAGCUUAAU